AUGUUCCUUUGGUAUCACAGACUUUAUCUUCAGCAUUCUCCCAUCUCUGACUCCACUCCCAUAAAACUUCAUUGGAUCGUAGAUUUAGACCAUAAAAGGGACAGCGGUGGUGAAGGGGUGGAGGGGCGCGGCCCUGCCUUCCUACAGUGCGGUCCUGCGGCCCACAGAGCGGGAUGGUUUAGUGGAGAUUGCGGUCCGUGGGGGCCCGGAGCGGCCGGGGAGGGCUCCGGGGGCUGCUACCGCCGGUCGGAUCUCUGGAUCGGGCCCCGGAGGCCGGGCGGCCCGGGCCCUGGCGGAGGAGCAGCGGCCAUGGCGGGGCUCUCGGUCCAGGCCGUGCUAGAGGAGCUCACGGCCCCCGGGGAGAGGACGGCACUGCUGCAGGAGAGUCGGGGCCACAUCGAGGGCCUCUUCGGGGUGUCCCUCACAGUGCUGGGCCCGCCAGACGCCCCCACGCCGCUGCCCGCGCCUGGCCGCAUCUGGCCGCAGCUCAGCGGUGCCAAGGAGGCUGUCAGCAGCGCCAAGGAAUUCAUCAAGGGAAUCUGUGAACCCGAAUUAAAAGAGAGAGAAUGUUAUCCAAAGGACAUGCACUGUAUUUUUAUUGGGGCACAGAACCUGUUUCUUAAGUGUUUGAUCCAGGACACAUGUGCUGAUAUGUCCAUUCUGGAUAUUGGUGUUCUUAGUAUCAGAGGUGGUGCUGAAGCUGUCAUCAUGGCCAGAAGUCACGUACAGCAAUUUGUGAAGCUCUUCGAAAACAAUGCGAGUCUACCAAGUACUCAGAAUGAAUCAGAGGUGAAAAAGCAGUUUAAACAAUUUGUUGAACCACAUGCAGAUAAAUAUACAAUGGACUUGUUGAUUUUCGGUUCAUUGAAGAAAGAACUCCUAAAUGUUACCCAUGGUGAAGAUCCCUAUGAAUUAGAUUAUGACGAUAAUGAUGUUAUUGAUCUUACAGAUCCUAAAACAGAAUUUACGCACAAUGGCAUCCAAGAGCUGAGCAUGUCCAAAGAUGGACAAGUUUUUCAGGAGGAUGAAAGAAAGCAAGCAGGAACCCCUGUUUCUGAGCUAACAAAACAAAUGGACAGGUUUUCUGGUUCCACAGAGGUUCUUUUUGUUCCUGUAAAUGGUGUAGCUCCACCUGAAGAAUCUGUUUCCAAAGAGAGGAUGUGUCACAAAAGAAGGUCUUCUGAUCCUGAAGAAAGACAUACGAAGAAGCAGUUUUCAAUGGAAAAUGUUCAGGGGGGUGAGCCUCCAUCUGCUACUAAGAAAUUGACUGCUGGCACAGUGAUUAACCUGCUCUCUGAUUCCUGUACAAUCUCUGAAGAUAUAGGCAUUGAUGUAAAAGACACUACUGAGGAAAUGGAAUAUAACAUCCUGGUAAACUUUUUUAAAACCAUGGGAUACUCCCAGGAAACUGUAGAAAAGGUUAUUAAAGAACAGGGACCAUCUACAGAACCCUUAGUACUCUUAGAAGAAAUUGAAAAGGAAAACAAGUUCCAGGAAGAAAAAGUCUUCCCUAGGCACGCUUCAAUUUUGUGCCUGGAGGUCACUGAAGCCAAAAGCAAGGGUAUUUGCAAUAGUCAAAAUGAAUUUAAAAUGAUUUUUUCUCCAAAGAAAACAAAGGAUCUCAUGCAGCAAAACAUAAUAGAACAAUCUCAGUCACCUCUCAGAAUAGAAGAAAAACCAGGUACCUCAAACUGCAAAAUGAAAACUACCAGUUCAGUUCCAACAGAAGAGAGAGCAGAAAACUGGAAUUCUACCCAGAGCCAUGUUCCCCAUGAAAUGGAUGGCUCUUCACCUUCUGUUUCCCCUUUAAAGAAGCUCUUAAAUGACAAGGGAAUACUUACAGAAUUAGAUUUUAUUGCCAGAGGAACUCCGAGUCACCAGCCAAGAGUACCAGUUAUUCCUGAAAAUAUUUUGUUUCCAAAAGCUGGGAUCACAGUUCCAAAGAAUAAUGUUAAUCUCAUAUGUGAAAGCCAGCUAGGAUGUUGCAGCCCUUCCCAAGUCAAGCCAAAUUGCCAACUUCUCCCUCCAAUGCCUUUUCCACCCCAGCUUCUCCCUUCAGUUACUAAUGUUAAGCUGGCAGGACCAUCUAAUCGUUGUAUUCAUUCCUCAGUUACUGGGGUUCAAAGAUUCCAGGAUACUCUAAAAACACCAUACAGGCUGGAAUUAAAAAAUGAACCAGGGAGAUCAGAUUUAAGGCAUGUUGUUAUAGAUGGGAGCAAUGUUGCAAUUGCGUAA